AUGUAUGCGUUUCCACCAUCACAGCAACAAUACACUUACAAAUUAGAAAGCGCAUCAUCAACAGCAACCGAUGACGCCACACAAGAACAAGUGCUUGUGAAUUUAUGCCAAGAAUUAAAAAUUUUAUACAACGACACUCUGAUUGAAAGAGCAAAAUUGAUAUAUCAAAAAGGAGCAUCACUAUCGCAAGUGUUAGAAUUUGGCUCUAAUAGACAAGUUUAUCUUGCAUUUUGCUCUCUUUUUAUUGCAUCACGAUUGGAAAGCCCAAAUGAUCUUUACUCAGACGAACAAUUGAUAGAAUAUAACAAAUUUUCACUAAAGACUGACAGUGGUGUGUCGAUCGGAAGUUUAAUACACAAACCAAAUAUGAAUUUGGUUGAAACAUUUGAGUUGUUAAACAACACUUUGGUUUCGCUUCAGUUUGAAAACUCUACUUGCUAUUCUGUUCUUCAAAAAUCUCAAAAGAAACUUAUUCUUUGUCAUUAUUUAUUUGAAAGAUAUCAGGAAUGCUUUAGAGAAGUUAUCACACCUACCACAAAUACAGAUCUAUUCAAAGUGGGAUGGAUUACAUUAGUAGUACUGUGCAGACAUUUACCAUCGACACUACUGGAUUUUACAGAAUGUGCCAACUGUUUAAUCAAUUUUAUGAUCAUUUUUUGGAAGACUGCUAAGGACGUAAGACUGUCCGAAACCAUUGACGAGUUAUACUCAAUAUGCAACAUUGCCAAGGAUAAGGUGGACCCAAAGUAUGACGAAUUUAUCACAAACACACUGAGACAAUUCAAUAUUUCAGAUUUUUCCGAAUAUGUGAUGGGCCAAGACUCCUUAACUCAAAUCAAUUCAGUGUUUGAGAAGGAUGUUGAUAGUACUCUUGGCGCUCUUGGGUUUGACGAAAGAAUAUUUAUGUACACCAAUGAUAUUAACGUCGUUGGUGAUAUUACAAAACUAACCUCAGCACCAGUAUUCCAACUUAAUCCCCCAAGACUGUCACAGGUAAAUGAUCCAUUCAGAUCUCCUCUGAAAUCACCAGGCCAUGGUGGCUUUUCUAUCCCACUAACACCUCUCCAAGCAACUCUACAAGUAGUACAAGUUAUUGAAGAGUCCGUUAAAGACACUUCACAAUUACCUGACGAGGCUUUGUUAACAUAUUUCAAGUCGUGUACACCUGAUCAAACGUUGACUAUUGAAAAUAGGUUGGCUAGUCUCCUGGAAAAAGUGGAUCUUAAUAAUCUUUUCGAAUUCAACACGUCCAAACGAAAGUCAGAGAUAUCAAAGAUUUAUUACAAGACUCUAAAACACAUGCUACAAGCAGAAGAAAAAAGAUUAGGUGGAGCUACCAACUUUACCAAUCUAUUAACCAACGAAAAUUUCCACAGAUCAUUAAUAGUGUGUGCAGUAGAAUGUAUCGCCUUUGGAUAUAAUUUGAAAGAUUCGAUUGGUCUCAUUGAUCUUCUGAAUCAUUUUGCACUUGAACCUUUUGAAUUAUCCAUAGUGAUUGAGAGUUUUGUUCAAAAUGCAACAUGGUUAAAUAGUGCUCUGAAACGACACUUCAAGCACAUUGAGGAACGUCUUUUAGAGUCUCUUGCUUGGAGAAGAAACUCUGUUCUCUAUUCAAAACUUUCUAACUCUACCAUUGUACAGCCUCCAAAACCUGGAAGUGAAACACCAAGCAAACAUCACUCUCAUGAAACGUUUGGAAUGUACAGCCCUAUUGCAUCCAGAAAACAACCAGUUUCUAAAGGAUCUAACUCAGUACAAUUCUUCUUCCGUAAGAUGUAUAAAUUAGUUUCGAGACGGAUUCAAGAACUAUGCUACAACUUUAAUCAAACUCAACAGAACACGUCUGAUGAUCCAAUGAUCAUUACUAUGGAUUUAAUGGAACAAGUGUGGCAUAUUGUAUACUAUGCACUAAAUGAGGCUAGAACAAUAAUGGUAAAUAGACACAUUGAUCACGUGAUUAUGUGUUCAAUGUAUGCAAUUUGUAACAAGGUUAACAGAAUGAGAAUUUCAUUUAAAGAUAUCAUUUUCAAUUAUCGACUAAUAUGUGAAAACAAUAGGUCGAUAUCACCAGUAGAAAUUGGAAAGAUAUUGUGGCAGGUACCUUUAGACAAGGAAGGAGAGUUUGGAGAUAUUGUGAAAUUUUACAACAGUGUGUAUAUUCCAGCUGUGAAAAGCUUUAUUCUUGAUAAGACAUCUGGCAACUCUCAAUUCGAAAGACCAGAAAUGCCCUAUGUUGAGCUAUUCGCCAAGACAAAGAUUGCUCCAAACUUUGUGCUUUCUCCAAGAAAGUCUCAAUAUCCAAGGAGUGCCCUAUUGUCACCUUCUAGAGACUAUCCUGCUAUUCAACUCACUCCUAGAACAAGGGCUCUCUAUGAAUUUGGAUCGUCCAGUACAAAGAAACACUUUGAUAUCAUUUCAUCUUCUAAUAAUGAUAUAUCUCAAUCGGGUACAAGCGACUAUAAGAGAGGUGUAAAACGAACAUUAGAUUUUGGAGAAGAUACAGAAACGAGCUCGCAUGAUCCUGAACAGCGUAAGUUUGUUAAGGUUCAUCAGCAGGAACAAUAA